AUUAAAAUGAUGAAUUCAUAAUUCAUUUUGAUUUAUCUGUGCAGUAAUCCAUUAUGGAUAAUUAUGCUGCACUUUUAAUCUGGGUUUGAUUUGUUCGUGACAGUUAUUUUCAGAAUUGACUUCAUCGUUUCAUUGUUUCGGCUGUACCUCUGGAUGAAAGCCUGUCGUCCCUGGGCAAUUGUGAGGGAUCUGGGGGUUCGCUAGGAAAUUUCCCAGUGAGGGACUUGUGACUGUGAGGCUCCCUGUGACUACCAUUCUGCCAUCAACCCAUUCAUCAGCCUUCAUCGCCCACGGCUGUCAUGGAUGCCAAAGCGAGAGCAAGUUUAUUACAGGCUAUCCAAAAGGCCUACGAGGAGGAUAAACUGGAAGAGAAGAUCCGCGCGCACUGGGCAGCACACGUACCGUCGCUAAUAACACCCGGACCGCAGCCCAUCAAGUUGCAGUACGACGAUGAUCAGCUGAGCGCUCUGCUGCUGGAACCCCUCGAAGCCUUCAUCAUGGGCACCUUGGAAGUGGAUAAUAAGUUUGACGCGCUUAAGAAGAACGAUAUCCCCACGUUCCUCUGCAAUCGAUCCUUUCGUGCUGGUGAACCGACGUAUUCGUGCCGAGACUGUGCAGUGGAUGCAACAUGUGUAUUAUGCAUAGAAUGCUUCAAGCAGAGCACCCACAAAAAUCACAGAUACAAGAUCAGCAGCUCAUCCGGGGGCGGCUACUGCGACUGCGGCGAUCCGGAAGCCUGGAAGAAGGACUGCGCGUGCUCCCAGCAUGAGCCACCGGAUGGCGCGGGACCCCCCAGCAUCGACGUGGACGACGCCAAGAAGCGUCUGCCCCGGGACAUUGUGCGCCGGUGUCACGCUGUGAUUCCCUGUGCUCUGUCCUAUGCCUACCAGUUGUUAUGUCUACGGGAUGGCGAAGGCCUUUCUGAUGAUCUGUUGUCCCCGAAAAGGUCAGACAAGAAACUGUGUUUCUGUAACGACGCCGUAAUAUCUAGGUGGGCGUUUUACAGGGCGAAAAGUGAGGAAGAGGAAGGAUACGAGUUUGCCACUGUGCUCUACAAUGAUGAGACUCAUACGUACGAACAGGUGAUAAGCACAUUAUGCAGAACACUGGAAUGUAAUCACGAGGAGGCUCUCGAAUACGCAACCGUCGUCGAUCACGAGGGCCGGAGCCCUGUCAAAUUUGGAUCUUACGCCGAUUGCGAGCGCGUUAAAAAUUUUAUCGAACGAAAUUCGAGGCGUCCGCAACCGUUACGUGUGGAUAUAAUUCCCACGCUGAUGUACGCCCAUCAGGUCUUUGCUUUAAAAGUGAUGAACUGGAUACAAAAACUGGCCGACUCAUGCGAAGGAUUCAAGGCGCUGAUAUGCGAAGCUUGUUUACAAGCGGUACCGAUUACCGGUGAAAUGCCUCUUGUUUCCGCUCUUCUACUUAAAGAUGUUCGCCUUUGGAAAGCUGCUCGUGGUGCUUGCCACGCACUGUUCAUGGCAACGUUUUUAACUUUCAACGAUGCCAAAAUUGAAUUCUCCCGAUUAUUUGCUCGCCUCUAUCCUCAACUGAUGACCGCCUUCAUAAGCGACGACCAUGAGCAUUCAGAUUCAUGUACAAGCCUCUCUGUGCAGCUCUUUACCGUUCCCAGCGUGGCACGCACACUCUUUGCGGAUAAAUUAGUGGAAGUGAUUAUCAAGAGUUUUGUUUUGAUAUGCCAAAGUCGGCGAAAUGAUCUGGGGCGGCUGUCUUUCGAUCGCACAACACAGCCCGGAAACUCCACGCAGUUCAAAAGAGCAUUGUACACUUUGUAUGAUACACGGUACCUGCUGAAUACCGUACCCACCCCAGACUUAUGGACACCCGGUUUGCGAAAGGGAUUUAUCGGCGCAUUUGAACAGUUUCUGCAGAUUAUGAUUAUGAUGGAGGGAAUGGACUUCCAUACCAGACGCACGCAGUCCCAUAUUGAGUAUGAAACCGAUUGGGAACCGGCCUUUAAUGUCCAGUUGAGAAUGGGCCCGUUGAUCGACAUGUUGCAGAGCUGGUGUGCUUCGGAUGACAAAGUUCUGGCCACGUGUAUCGAGAAAUUAACCGUAGCAGCUAUCGAUGCUUUGAGUGCAGUGGAAAAGUGGGAGAAAAAGGAAGUGGCGGGCGUUAUUUGUGAAUGCAUUGAGUACGAUGUUGGAUCACAAGCCAUAUCCAUUCAUCAUCCGGUAGUUCGGAUGCUAGCAGGCCUUGUCACAAGCGGAUUGUCGCGCUCUUUAACGGUGCAGCCCUUCAACACACGGCAAGCGCUGGGCGACUGCGUGAACUCUUACGCCAGGGAACUUAUGGAAUUUCCGCUACGGACGUUAGUCUUAGUCGCACAAGCUAGUGCAGGAAUGUGGCGGCGCAACGGAUAUGCUUUGGCUAACCAGAUAUUUUUCUACCAGCAGCCAAGGUGUCGAGAAGAGAUGCUGGACAAGGACGUUUUGAUGAUGCAGGCAUGUGCGGCGGUAAUGAAGGCGGAUGAAUUCCUCAUCAAUAUCAUUAACAAAUUCGGCUUGGUUCACUGGGCUGAUGAAACAUUCGACGCUACGCCAUUGCGCACUGAUGGCGACGAUUCUAUUCGACAAACAUUGUACUUGGCCGAAGAAUUCUUCUAUUGUUUAAUGGUGUUUAUCGGGGAGCGGUAUUAUCCGGGUUUGGGCAAGGUCACGGAGGAUGACUGUUUGAAGAAUGAAAUUAUUCAUCAGCUGAGCAUCCAGAACAUGUCAUACAGUGAGCUGGUUAAGAAUCUUCCUGAGCAGGAAGCCAAAGCGUCGACGCUGGACGACGUUGUUCGCGAUGUGGCGGUUUUCAAGCGACCUUCGGCGGCCAGCAAAGGAUACUUCGAACUUAAACCCGAAUUCACCUCCCAUUAUAAUAUGUUCUUCUAUCAUUAUUCUCGUAUCGAACACUCGAAGGCGGAAGAUACUCAGCGCAAGCGGAAAAAGAAAGACGGGGAAGAACCAGUGUUUCCUCCCCCAUGCCCUCCCGAGUUCACUGAUGCGUUCCGGAACGUUAUUCACGUUAUGGAUUGCGAUGUUUUUAUCCAUUUGAUGAAUUUAACGCUACGACGUGCACUCAGCCAUCAUCCGCGCUCCUUUUCUGAAGGACAGCUUGUUCGGGUUCUCUUUUUGAUUGGAUAUGCUCUUCAUGAGGAGAAACGUGCUCGUGAUCAACAAAAAACUGAUUAUAAAUUUAUGGACAAAGCCGUUGAUGUUGGUAUUUUUGCAACCCUACGCGAGCUUCGUAACCAAAAGGAAUCGGAAGCCUAUCGCGCGUUAAUUGAAUGGAUUCUUCAGUUUUAUGAGACAUUGACCAAAGUUGAAGAGGAUAAACCAGCGGAACCAAUGGAUGUGGCGGAGAACGUGGUCAGCACUACACCUGAACCAGCUGCUAGUGACGAUAUCGAAGAACGCCGUCGACGUGCUGCUGCCCGACGGGAUCGUAUAAUGCAACAGAUGAAACAGGCCCAGAGCAGUUUUGCCAUUCAGAAUGUGGGGGAACUGCAAGAAAUCGCUCUCCCCGACGAUCAUUCGGCUAAGGCAGCAGUAACACCCACAGCUGCUCCAGUGGAGUCGUUGCUGGUGCUGGGAGCCGAGCGUAAUGUACAGCGCGCUGAUCUGGAUUUGGAAGAAAAGUUAACAUGCAUUCUGUGUUCGGAGUCGCAUGUCGUCAACUUGACUGCCGAUGCAUUCGUGGCGGUGGCAUAUGUGCAGCGAUCCACGGUCCUCUCGCAGGCUGACAGGAAGCAUCUUAUGGACGAAUUUAUGGAUAUGCCCGCUGUCACUGUGAAAGAUCUCUGCCAAAAAUUAAUGGGAAAUCCGCUGUUCAUGCCGGAUACGAUGCCCUGUGCGCCGCAUGUCAGCAGUUGCGGGCAUCUGCUCCAUGCCAAAUGCUGGAAAACGUAUUUCGAAUCUGUCGUUGCUCGAGAACGCCGGCGAUCCAUUCGACUGCGGACCAAUGCGGGAAGUUUUGAUGUUACAAAGAAUGAAUUCCGCUGUCCACUGUGCAGUCGUCUUUGUAAUGCGGCUAUACCAUUGUUCCCUCCUGUCGGACAGAAAGAGAAUAUGGACGUUGUCGGUGGUCCUCUGCUCGUUCCCUCCUUGAAUACUUUCACGGCAGCUCUUGCGGCGUUGUUGGUGGUCCAGCAUAAGCCGGGAAUCCGCGUGGCCAGCGAGGAUGAAGCCUUGAUUGGUACACUGGAUGAUGCGUAUCAACAAGCGCUGGCCAUUCGUGUGAACUUUAAGGAUCCCGCCAAAGCGGCUAGCAUCGCUAAGAUUCGCGAUAUUGUUGCCGUGACGGAACGUUUGCAAGGCAUCGACGUCAAAAAUAGUACGGAUGUCGUAUCUGAUGCGCACGUGGAAGCUGUUCGCACGUUUCAGAACCAGGUGUUCCAGAUGUCCAUGAACGCUUCCUCGCCGGCGCAGAGUGAAGAACUGUGCAUCAGUUUGAAUUGGGCAGCUUGUUCGUAUUCUGUGCAGACCAUAGAAAUGUGUUUACGGUAUGAGAACAAAUCACUACUCGGGUCUUUCUCUUCACGUCAGUAUUUAUGCCUGAAAUGUCUGACUCGCGCCUCAUGCUGGAGCUCAUCCGCUUACGAAACCAAAGUGCUAACGGAACACGCUGUCAAGUUGUUCAGUGCGCUGUUCAAUCCGCUUUCCUCUCGGAAUGUGCUGGACAUGGACGCGUUCUCUUUAUUGAUUAAUUGUACUCACGCUUUUCCGUGGCUGCCGUGGAGCGAAGAGGGCUUCACGGCUCCGUACGUCGACGCCCCAGUGUGCCGGUUGCCGGUUGGCGACAGUUUUGACCAUCAUCUGCUGGUUAUCGUUUAUUUGCUGCAUAUUCUCCAAGUGUUCAAGAGCGUAUCAUACGACAUUGUGGAGAGGUCGGAUAGCGAUGCUUCCCAUUCUUCAUCCAAAGAUCCGACAUUGCGGAAACUGUAUGCGGCGUUCGUGCACAGAUUAAGCGGCAGCGAUGUAACCGUUCAAGUGCCACCCAAUUUAGAGCGAAUUAUUCAGGAGCGGACGUGGCCAUUUCUACGAUGUUGUGCAAUAUUUUAUCAUUUUAUCACUGGAAUACCGGCUAGCGAAGCUUUGAAAGCUGAAGGACAGACGUCCGAAUCGGAAUCUGCGGAUUUGAUGGCUUAUCUGGGAUUGCCAAACUCGGUAACCGUUCUCCUCGAUGAAAAUCCCGCUUUAAAUGACCUAGUUCACAGAUGGAUAUUUAAUGUCGGUGGUCCUGGCCGUUCUGGAAAGAUCAGCAGCUUACCCCAUCCAUUCCCGUCGUUUGCCCCAUUACCGCACGAUUACACGGACGUCAUUAACCGUGCUUCCCAGAACAGCGGAUGCCGGGUGGAAGCGGACGACCGCCGCUCGCCAGCCAUGUGUUUGGUUUGCGGAGCAUUACUAUGCUCGCAGAGCAUGUGCUGCCAGUACAAACUGGACAACCAGACCGUCGGCGCGUGUGCCUUCCAUGCCGCUAUCUGUGGAGCUGGAACGGGCAUCUUUCUCAGAGUGCGCGAAAACCAAGUGUUGAUGCUUCAUGGAACUAACAAAGGCUGCUUUGGAGCGUCGCCCUAUGUGGAUGCGUACGGUGAACCUGAUCCAUUUCUACGACGCGGCAAUCCGCUGCAUUUGAGUGUGGAACGGCUGGAGCAGCUGCACCGGCACUACAUGCACCACGACGUGGCCGACGAAGUGUCCCACGCGAUGGACCAGAACGGCACGCUGGCCGGCUUUGACUGGUUUCAUUUCUAAACUCUUCUGCUGGUUUCCCUUGUUUGCUUUGUUGUUACCGUUACGGCUUAGGAAUGGUUUUAUGGAAUGGUUAUAUUAUUUCAAUUUUACCUGGACUUUUAUUCAUUUUGAAGGGUACGUUGCGUGCGAAUUUGAUCUGAUUUGCGGGUGUUGUUUUUUUGAUUGUGCUUCAGUGACCUCUCCUGACUCUUCCCCUCGGCGUUCUUUUGUUUCGCGUCCAGUGUUUCCUGUUGUGAUAAAUUGAUAAUGAUGAUAAA